AUGCAUCCAUCUUCACCAUCGAACGGAGAUGACCUCUCCUAUCGAGGAGUUGAACCUAUGAUGUCUGAGAAACAGAGCAAUAAUGCAAAAAUGGAUCGUAUUCUGUACCUUUUGCGUGCUGAAUUGUUGACCGCUGAAUCCCAAAAAUCUCGUGGCAACUUCCUCCAUUCAUCACAUUUCGCUUGCCAGAGGCUGCUCCUCCCGCCGAUCCUUGACAUUCUUCUCUCAUGCUCUACCCUGCCCAAGAUGUUGAUUCUUUCUCCUCUUCACUACGAUCUCCGCCACUCUAUGCCCUCUAUCUCUGCCUCCCUCUGUUACGCUUUUACCAUCUCUCUAGAUACAUCGGCGUCUCGCUAUUUCUCUGUAGUUGACAGCAUCUUUCACGAUAUUCUCGUUGACUGCCUCUCCUCUCUUCAUCAACACUCGCCAGAGAACACGGCAAACCUGGCCUGGAACGCCUUGGAAGAUGUACACAAAGAGUCAAGAUUAUCUGGUUUGAUCAAGAUCAUCUGGUUGAAUACGCAAGCUCUUGAUGGAAGAGACUAUACAUACAAAGAAGAGAUUCAGGCGGAGACGAUGAAGAGGCGAGAUAGAACUUUACGACCCAAUGGCCUGCUGUGGCCAGAUACAUCUUCGAGGCCGGAUAGAAUUUUACGACCCAGCAGCCCCCUGUGGCCUGCAUACUUGUACCACGACAAAGCUAGAUUCCGUCUGCUGAUGCGACAUAUCACAGGAAUCGGAUCAUCGCAGUCGCAUCAGCGGACGGAUCUAGCAGAAGAAUACAUCAACGACGGCCUUGGCGGGGUAGAACUUUACGACCCAGUCGCCUAUGAGGCGAAACAAGUAGGUCUUCCACUGCAAGAAGGUUUCUGUGGUAGUCUGCUAAUUAUGCCGCAAGCUUGUUCCAAAUCUUCCGGUCUAUUGAGGCCUCAGCGUUUUGACGGCCCAGCAAGAUAG